CUAACUCGCGUCGCGACUCGCGUCUUGGAACCAGCUCAUGAGCACCGUUUCUUAGACCGGCGCGGAACAUUCGAGAAGAGUGCAUGCCUGUGACACGUGUGCAUGACUGAUUGCCAGGGCAUGUUUUCAGUGCUCGAAAUCUGCCAGCAGUGGUGCAGAUGAGAAAUAAAUCAUUUACGUAAAUCAUGCAACGGUUGCAUAAUGAUCCGAAAUGCCUCCUAACAUGACGUUGCGCUGGCUGUCCCGUGACAUGACGUCAGCGCCAGCUCAUGACAUGUCAGACAUGUCAUGGAGGCCGACACGUGCAAGAAGUGCUGGCCCUUGGCGGCUCGAUUUCAGCGUUCUACCGUGGCGCGCAUGCGGCCCCGGCUUCGUUGGUUUGGUCUCGCCUUCUCGGUUUCUUGCUCGCGGGGGAGAGAAAGGAAGGAAGGAAAAAGGCGGAUUUGUGGAGGAAGAAAAGAAGAGGCUUGCGUUCCGCUUGCCAUCGACUCGUCGUGGGUCGUAUGCUUCCUUGUCAAGCAGGUUUGCUUUGCUGUGCUGAGUUAUCCAUAGCGGCCGGAUAUCGAUUAGUACCCGAUUGAGAGAGCUCUCGAGAGUUCGCUAAGGCUGUGUGUUACUGCCAGUAACGACGGUCGGAUCUCCUACUAGGUUACCAGGUUCGUCGCAAGCUCGUCGAUUGACUUCGUAGCUUGUUCGUAGCCUGACACGUCAGCAGCGCUACAACCGCCCAGCUCAUCCGCGCAACGCAGAAGCAUGGCCGCGGAAGUAGGGCGCGCGGGAGGCGCAACCGGCGGAGGCAGGGGGGAAGCAGAGCAGCAGCGCGCGCUGAUUCACGUGGCAGCGCCCCCCGCGAGUCUCAAGGAGAAGAUCGAGGAGUGGUGGGAGCAGAUCGGACGCGAGCAGCACCAGGCGCGGCGGGAGGGCAAGUGGGGGGGAGGGGAGCGCGCGGAAGGGGUACUGGCGGAAGGGGGAAGGGAGGAAGGGGGAAGGGCGGAAAGCGCGGAGGGGGAGGCGGAGAGGGGGAGGGCGCGGAGGGUGACUGCAGAUGAUGUGACUGAAAAGAAGCUGGUUGCUGUGAGCCAAGUGCUGGCGCUGCUGCCGAUCUCGCUCUUCCCUAAAGUCACAACUGUGCACGAGGUGACGGCCAACACAACCCUGUUCGACGCCAUCAAGCUGCUGUCCCGCCACAACCUCACGACCGUCCCUGUCAAAAGCAUUGCUGCCGAGGCCGCUGGCAGGGGCAGGGGGAGGGGCGGCGCAGCUGACGUGGAAAUGACUGAGUCGGAGCAGGCAGAGGAAUUAGGAGAGGAAGGAGGGGGGGAAGGAGGAGAGGGAGGAGGAGAGGGAGUAGAACCAACAGGGGUGGUGCAGGAGCCUGGGGAGGAGGUAGGAGGGGAGAUGGAGGAAGCGGAAGAGGAGGAGGAGGAGGAGUGGGAGCCGCAGUAUCUGGGGAUGAUGGAUCUGGCAGGGGCUGUCAUCCUCUGGGUCUUCGCCAAUCUCGAAGCAUCGUCUAUCGGGUUCGCCACAGCAUCCACCGUCGCCGCUUCGCUCGUCGGCUCCUUCGUCGCAGCAGCCGGGGCAGCCGCCCUCGAAGCCUCGGCCGGACCCGCAGCAGCCGCGCCAGCCGCCGGAGCUGUAGGCAUGGCAGCACUAGGCGGGCACGCAGCAACCGGGGAAGGCGCACCCGGCGAGUCAGCAGCAGCCAUGGCUUCCUCCCCUCGCACCGGCUGCUAUUUCUUUGAAGAGCUUCUCAAGAACGAAGCCUUCCAUGCCACUCGUGUCGCCGAUCUAGCUGGGUCGUUCCGGUGGUCGCCCUUUGUGUACCUCAAGCCGUCAGACACGCUGCUGACGCUCUUCCUGCUCAUGUCCAAGUACGCCAUCCGCUCCGUGCCUGUGCUCCCCCCGGGUGUUGGGUCGUCGAUUUCGACGGUGAUAACGCAGUCGGCAGCGGUGGGAUUUCUGUGCGAGUGCGACGGCAUGCCGUGGUUCAACUCCAUCGCGGACUGCACGCUGGCGCAGCUCGGCUUGCCCCUCAUGCAGCCUGAAGAGUUGGUCAAGGUGGAGGAGGACGCAGCAGUGACAGAGCCCUUCCGCCUGAUGAUGGAGCAUGACAUCGGAGGGGUGCCCGUGGUGGCCAAGGGUAGCAAUCGCAUCAUUGCCAACAUCAGCGCGAGGGACAUUCUUCACUUGGUCGGGACUCCAGAGAUCUUCAAGAGCAGGCAGGAAGUGUCCUUCACGGUGCGUGAUUUCAUCAGCGCAGCCAACGAGCCAAUUACGUCUGCGACUGAAGUGAUCUGGCCGGUCAUGACGCCCCCCAUCACCUGCUCGCCCUCCACGCCUCUCCGCAAUGUGCUCCAUGCGCUCAACCGCACCCACAUCCACCGCAUCUACGUCACCUCCCCCCUCCCCCUUGCUGCUGCUCCUGCUGCUACUGCUGAAGGUGCUGCUGGUGCUGCUGCUGGUGCUGAGGGUGCUGCGGCUGGUGCUGAGGCCACUGCUGGUGCUGCCAGUACUGGGCAACAGGAGGUGAUAGGGGUGGUGACUCUGAGGGAUAUCAUUGGGAAGUUUGCUGCCGUGCCAGCUGAUGUUGCUCUGGCUGCUGGCGCUGACGUGGGCAGGGGUGGGGAGGAGUAAGGACCAAAUAGGAGGUGUUUGGUGUUACUGUUGCAGUGAGAAGAGGGUUAUAGGCAGCUAGAGGUGAUAGAUAGGGGUGGUGACUCUGCGGGAAAUCUAUGGUGGGCUUGCUGCUGUGCUGCUGGUUGCUUACAUGGGCAGGGGUGGGAAGGAAAGAAACGAGUACGGGGGGUUCUCCUGUGGGGUGAGGCUUUUCUGCGGGAUUUGAUAGUGGGUUGGUUUGGAAAUUCGUGAAACGAUGUGGGGGUUGGCGGUGUGGGGGUUGAUUAAUCCUGGUGUUGGAGCGUGUUUGUCACGUACGUUUGUACAUAAGAAAUUGCUUUGAAUCGC